CAAGAUGGCAUCUUGUUGGCAUCUUGAUGCAAAAUGGCAUCUUGAUGCAAGAUGGCAUUGGCAGCUGUCGGCGUUGCUAAAGCGGAGAUUGACUUGAUAAAUAUUCUGGUCUUCUUGUCUUUGUUAAAAAUUCCGGGAACUUGCUGGUGGGCUUCUUGGAAGCCCUAUUUUUGAUACUACACUUUCUUUCUUCUUCCGGGCGAUUGAAGGUUGUUGCUUCCGGGAAAUCUAACAUGGCAGAAAUUCUUAUUUCAGGAGUUGUCCAAAAACUUGCUGAUGUUGCAGGUGAUCGAAUAGCAGAAGAAGGCUCACGCUUGUCUGGGUUGGAAGAAAACAUUAAUUGGAUUCGAGAUGAGAUGAGGUCUAUUGAAUCUUUGUUGGAAAAAGCUGAUGAAGUAGAGUCAGUUAGCGGAGGAUUGGCUGACUUAAUCAGGAGCGCUUGCGAUCUUGCUUAUGAUUUGGAGGAUAUCGUGGACGAGUACGUCCCUAAGCUAUCAUCACUUAGAACGAAUGACUGGAAGGGGCAUCUUUGUUGGCCUUUGAAAGCCAAAACUGUUCGUGACUUUGCGGUGGAGAUUGAAGAAAUAAGACGCAGGGUUGAGGAUAUCAAUCGCAGGAGAUGGACUACUCAAGUCCAAGAUGCAAGUGGCUGUCCUGGAAAACAGGGAUGGGAUCCAAGAAGAACUUUUCCUCACACUGACGAAGUAAAUGUUGUUGGUAUGGACAAACACAUUAAGGAAUUGGUGGCCAAAGUGACGGAUCAAGAUUCAGAGCAUCGUGUGAUCUUAAUUACAGGCAUGCCCGGUGUAGGCAAGACAACACUGGCCAGAAAGGUAUAUAAUUCUGUUCGACGAAUGUUUGAGUGUUCAGCUUGGAUUUAUGUCUCUCAACGACCAAACCCAAAUGAACUUUUACAUGAUAUAGCAAAGCAAGUUGGCUUGACCGACGAGGAGAGCAAACAGGACUUGGAGGGUAAUUUGUUUCGCCAUUUAAACCUAAAAAGGUAUGUGAUAGUAAUUGAUGAUAUAUGGCACACUGAACAUUGGGAUGCUUUAAAAAUUGGCAUUCCUGUUAAUUCCAUGAAUGGCAGUAGAUUAAUCAUCACUUCCCGAUCCAAAGAUAUAUGUGUGCGAAUUGGUGGGCAAAUUUUUUUACAUGAAUUGCAACCCUUAGACGAAGAAAUGAGUAGAGAGCUCUUCCUCAAAGUGGUUAUGGCUGCCCCACAAGACAAUGAUGAAGAUGGUGAUCCCUCACAAUUGGAAAACAUUGGUGAGAAAAUACUAAAGAAAUGUGCCGGUGUGCCGCUUGCGAUAGUAGUUAUAGCAGGCGUGUUGUUAUCAAGAGAGAGAAGCAUACAAGCAUGGAAAGGGGUAUUAGAGAGUAUAGGUAAAGAUGAAGACCAAUGUUCAAAGAUAUUUGCUUUGAGCUACAAGGAUUUACCUUCAAUCUUGAAACCCUGUUUUUUAUACUUCGGUCUAUUUCCAGAAGAUCACGAAAUUUCCACGUUCAGACUAAUCAAUUUAUGGGCAGCUGAAGGAUUUAUACAUGGCAGUGGAGUAAGGGCAGUCGAGGAUGUGGGGCAAGAUUACCUAAAUCACUUAGUUGAUAGAAACCUAAUUCAAGUUGUCAAGAGGAGGUUCAACGGGACAGUUAGACUUUGUCGUAUUCAUAAUAUCUUGCACGACCUUUGCAUUUCGAAGGCUAGGGAGAUGAACUUUUUUAACUCUCUCAAUGUAGUAGCCACUAGGGCAGAUUGCCCUGCACCACGCAGAGUCACUGCCUAUAGAAAUGAUGGUGGCAACUUUGUUUUUCCAAAUUAUCAAGCUCCAGACCUUCGGGCUUUGUUAUAUUUUGAUGAUUUGUCAAGAUAUAGUGGGAAGCAGGUUAAGCUUCCUCUUAGAGGCUUCAAAUCUCUUCGGGUGCUAGUAAUAAAGUGCUUCACUCCGCUGAGGGAUAUUAUGAAUGAAAUUGUGAAGUUAAUACACCUGUAUCACCUUGAAUUGGGAGGGUGUAUUGUGGAGCUUCCUCACGCCAUAAGCAAUUUGAAAAAUUUGCUGAACUUGGAUCUACAUGAAUGCCUUGAACUCAUCCUCCCUAAUGUCAUCUGGAAAAUGAAGCAACUAAGACAUAUUCUAUUACCUCCUGAAUGUUGGGCUCCUUCAGUCUGUGGGUUCAACUUGGAUAUCCAUUGGUUCCAUCCAUCUGAAGUUUAUUUACCAGACCUGCAGAGCCUCUAUGGAUUGCCUGUCAAACUUUUUGAGGUCAAUUGGUUGCACAAACUUGUUAGUUUGAGAAGACUGAAAGUCUAUUUUACAACUGAGCAUAUCAUUGAGGUAUUGUCAAGUGCAAACUCCCUGUCACAGAGGCUAGAAGAAUUACAUUUAUUAUCGCCAUACGAUACAAAAGAUACUUAUAUGGCACAGGGAUUAUCUACUGAAUUUAGAUCAACAUUGGAUCUGUCUACAUAUGUAAACCUUAAGUUACUUGUGUGCCGGAGCCUCAUGGUGGAUUUUCCACGACAUGAUAAACUGCCAACAUGCCUCACAGAGCUUAUCCUUGAGUACACUAUGCUGGAAAUGGACCCAAUGGUGACUUUGAAGAAAGUACCUAGACUUAAGAUCCUUAUACUUGGAAGGCAUUCAUACCUUGGGAAGAAGAUGGUAUGCUUUGGAGAAGCUGACAGCUUUCCUCAACUCAAAGUAUUGAAAAUUAAUUCAGGAUAUCUGGAGGAGUUUGUAGUUGAGGAAGGAGCACUGCCCGAACUCAAGGACCUUACCCUCACUGGCAGCAUACCGAGACUGAGAGUUCCAGAUAGAAUUAGAAAUAUAAUCUUGAUUGACCCAAACAUAUCAGACGACUUCGUGUAUACAAGUGAGAUACGCGGUGAUCCGUGACUUCAUUUUGGAAGGUGACAGCAUCAUCUAAAGGAUGAAUAUAUGGGCUCUUGAUCUUUAUCCUGCUUGCUCAAAUCUAUUCUUGCGACAUGAUGUCUUCCGUUUGAUUGCUUCUCAUGAGAAGGAAUGGUAUUUGCUUUGUGAUUUGGUAUCUUGGUUGCUGUAUUACCCUUAGAUGCUGUCUGAAUUUAGGCUUUGAUGAAUGUUCAAUAAAUUUACAUAUACUGAUAUCUUCGAACUGGUCAGUAGUCAAUCAGAUGAUUAGUCCUGUAUUCAUAAUUUAAAAAAAAAAUACAAAAUAUUAAUUGUAACGCUUUCCUCCAUAUUUAGAAAAAGUCCUGAAUUUUUCAUGAA